UUUGAGCUGUGAAACGAUCAAGCAGAGAUGUGUCUUUUUAUUACUCAGGUAGUGACCCGAUACUGACGGAUCAAUCCUUCCUUCCAAGUGAUUCGUUGAAAAUAGCUGAAGAGCCAUCGACUUACCGAGAUGCAGCCACGUAACGGAGAAGAAACUAAAUAUUUCUUCAUAGUGAGCCAAUACAGUCGAGGUAAACUGGUUCUUGAUAUUAAAAAUGGCAAGAAAAGUGGUAUUCUUAGGAUGGUGGAACCAGAACGCGGACGAUCAAGUCAGUUGUGGAGAUGGGAUGAGAGUUGUCGGCUGGUCAGCAAACUGGGCCUUGUGGCAGACAUCAAAGGUGCAAGUAAGAAGGAAGAAGCCGUCUGUCACGCCUGGAAAGCUCACGAAGGCCUAAGCCAAAAGUGGCGAGUCGAAAAAGCAGCCAUUGUGAGCAAUUUGAGUCAUCUCGUUAUCGAUGGUUCGCCUCCCACUGCUCAGGUUUUCAUGAGAAAAUUCAACGAAGACAGUGAACACCAAAAAUGGCAUUUUGUUCCAGAAGUAGCAUGGGACGAUUUCCAACUUUCACUAAGAGAGCCAAACCCCCUUGAAAAGGCGCUGUUCUGGAAGAAUAUGGCUGACAAUUAUCUUGACGUCAUCAUAGGAUACAGUAUUGAAGAGUUCGAGGCCAGAGUCCAUAGAGCUUUCAAAGUUAUAGAUGAAUGUGCUUGCAGCCUUGAAGAAGUAACAAAGGGUACUGGUAUCGCAGGAACGGUCGGGGGAAGUGUGACUGUCGUUGGAGGUGGAGCUGUAAUAGCUGGUAUUUUAUUAUCUCCAUUUACAGCUGGCGUUAGUUUGGCUCUCACUGUAGGAGGAGGUAUCGGUGCGCUUACAGGAUCAGCUACAACAUUAGCAUCAAACUUGGCACACGGCCAACUGGAUAAGCGCAUAAGAAGGAAAGUGAAUGAAGCCACAGCAUCUCUCUUCUGCACCACCUAUAGGUUCCACUCGCUGCUGGGAGAGUAUGGUAAAUAUCUGCAAGACGCAGAUAAAUUUUUAACAGAACAGAAGCAUGAAACGUGCACAGAUUCCAUUGACGGAAAAGUUGUGGCAGUAAAAGAGGACACAUAUGUGGAGACGGCCGGCGCGGCUGGCAAAGUUGCUAAGAACAUAUACGGCCAUGCCAAGGAAAUAAAAAGGCUAGUUACGUUUAUUAAGGCCAAUGCUUUUGUUUACAGAGGAGCGGAUAUCGGAAUCUCCACAAGUGCUGCAGCACCAGGGUUUACCAUACCAGUCGUGGGCAAAACCCUUCUGAGCGCUGGAUCAACUGGUGCAAAGGCUCUUUCCGGAUCACUGGCUGCUUUUGGAGUGCUGACUGGCAUCUUUGAUAUAUAUUCAGGUGCAAAGAAAAUACAAAGUUGCGGUGAAUUAGCGGAGGAAUUUCGCACCUCUUCUGAAACUUUGAGAGAAGAGGCCGAUAGACUAAUUUGCCUUUACAAGGAACUCCAUCGAGAUGAAGAGUGCAAGCAGUUGUGUGACUGAAAAUAAGCUCUUAGUGUUGUAAUGGAGACGAUUUUUCUUUCAGUAGCGUGACUAGAUCUCGAUAGUGCCAUCACGUAGAAUUUAAACAGCAACACUGGCCAGGUAGUCGAUUAAUGCAUGAUGAAUUUUGAGCAUCGCUAUCUUAUAACGUAACAACAGCACUAUAGUAUGGUAUAUUCCUUAUUUGAUGAUUUGACAUAAAGUACACGCGGAUAUUUUUUUAAGUUCCGUAGUAUUUUCGCGAGCCCAGUAAGAACGUGGAAAAAUGCGACCGUUUUGCAAAAUGUUCGUUACAUUAAAUCGUAAAUCAUCGAGCAGCUACAACGGCAAUUUUUAAAAGAAGUGUAAUUAAAUAAUCUAGAGAAGUAUGUGGUACUGAUUCUUGUAAAUUUAAUUACACAUAUGACCGUAUCAUUUACGUAUAGUUGCGCUCAAGCCGCUCAUGAGAGGCGCCAAAACGAAUAACAGACUACGUUGAUUGACAUCUGACACAAGACACAGCAUCAGAUAAGUAUCAUUACAAAUAGAUAGAAGGGAUCCGUAAUAAAACGCAGCUGGAUGACUGAUAUCAUAUAAGAGUAUAAAUAUAUCUUCAAAUGUCAUACUAGUAGGUUUGAAGAGAUCGUGCGUUGAAAAAAAAAUUACAAAGCUUAUGAGGCAAGUGCUUCCUUAUAGUUUUCAAGAAAUUGAUCUUCUUGUUCUUUUUCAUGAACUUACAUGUGAGAUGUAACUUUAUUUUUCGAUUGUUGUUUAUAAUCAUGUAUGUCAUGUAAACUGAUAUGAUUUUGAUGAGAAAGGUCAACCCCAUGAUCGCGCCGAUGAUCACUUUUUAAUUUAAAUAAGUUUGAUUUUUAUU